AUGGACUCCUCGAACCAGGCUGAUACCAGAGCGCCCCCAGCAAAUGCCGGCAGAUUGCUCUUAGCAUCCAAACACUCGCACGAGCCGCACGAGCCACUGACCAUGCCCAGUUUGAACCCUAUGCUGUCAGACUUGGCCCUGUACGCGCCCUCGCCGUACCAGAACUACAACUACGCCAAUCCGCAGCAGGAGCAGCGUCUCAGGCACGCGCCGGCCAGCCCAACAUACCACCAGAACUCGCACAAAGCACACAAGCCGUCUUGUAUGCAGAUAAAUAUACGACGCAGCGCCAGUCUGGGCCACCCGUCCCACAAACUCGGCCAUGAGGAGCCCCAGGUAUUGUGCUACGACAUGGAAUCAAGGAUGUACAAGAUGGUGAGCCAGGCUGCCGUUGAAAGCUCGAACGGUUUGGUACGGCCUGUUGCUGAGAGCGCGACGGAAUACUCGCCGUGGUCCGGGUCUGGCUCGCCAGAAAAGACAAAGCGAUCGCGAAGAGGAUGUUUGACGUGUCGACAGCGCAAGAAAAAAUGCUGCGAAACGAGGCCAACGUGCUCGGAGUGCUCACGGCUCAUGAUUCGUUGCAGAUGGCCCGUGCCCGGGAGCGAGCGCAAAAACCGGUCCAAGAACAACGCCAUCAGCCCCGACGAGAUGGUCCACGAGGCGUACGGGGUAAUCAAGAUCCUGAGAGGGGUGGUAGACUACAAGGUAGAAGGAUGACAGGAUGACACGAUAUACUCUUAUGAUUCUGCGUACACCUCGCCAAACGUGGAGCGGACCGAAAUUCCGUCUCUUUUUGCGAGCACUAUUGUAAUACUAUUAUCGUCCUAUUCUCGAUGGUCAGGAUUGCUACAGUCUGCAUAUGCGUAGAAUUCGCGCACGUCUGGGGUGGAUGCAACCGUGUUCCUCCGUCACUGUGUGCGCUCAAAGGCGCAGAUCUCCUCAAACUCGCGCAAUACAAGGUACAUGUUUUGCAAGUGCACCUCGACGCACGCGUUGAAGACGGCGUAGUAGUCGCGCACGAUCUUGUCGAUUUUGUCGCGCACAAGGUCGGCCGCGUAGAACUUGCUGUAUGCCCUAUGCAUCUCGGAGUGAAAUAUUUUUUCCACCUCGGCUGAAUUGCGCCGCACCGGCUCGCUCGUUGACGUAUUUGCUGAAAAAACACGGCCGUGCAGAACUAUGAUGUCAUAGAUGGCGUUGCAGUAUAUCGUUUUCAGUGAGCUCACUUUGGUGCUGCCAAUGCUAGCCCUCUCUGUCUGCGCUAUGAGCCCACACACGUGUUUGAAGUCCAGGUUCAUGUCCACAACGGCCCGAAUGGCCUCUUCGUUGUAGCCUCGGCCGCGCAGUCGCUCAGACACGUUUGUGCACAGGAUCUUGUACACCUCCUCCUUGAAGAAGUUGCCGAACCGGUUGGACUCGGUGUGCUCGAAGUAGUUGAGCAAAAACCCAUCCAGCUCCACCAGCAGCUUGCCAAAAUCCACCAGCUGCUGCCCGGGCUCGGCACGACUGGCCAAAGAGCUCAUCACAAUCACCGUCACCGACUGGAGCGUCACCAGAGUACGCACCUGGUUGCUCAGCUCCAUCAGCUGGAUCGAAAAGCUCUCCAGAAACUCGGGCAUCUCGUAGAGCUUGCCGGUGCUGCUGCUGCACACAAACGCCGCAAACACCCGGUUGUAGAACGCGAGCGUCGCCCGCUCCUGUGUCUGCUCGCCGCACGCCGGCUCCUGAUCCUUGUGCAGCUGCAUCUGCUUGUACAAAUUGGGGAAGCGCAAGUUGAGCGACACUUUGGACGAGGGGUAGUUGCACUCGAACACGUCGCGCUCAAACUCCACGAUGUUGCUGCCAAUGAACCGUAGACAGCUCUUCACACAGCCAUUCAUCCCAAACACCAUGCAGUCCUUGAUGAACUCCACAAACCGCUGGAUGAACGCCUUGUCGACCUGGGCCGUCUGCGCCAGCAACGACUCGGCCUCGCACCGCAGAAACUCCGGUGUCUCCCAAAGCAGCACGCCCAGACUCAUUUGAAAAUAUUCCGCCAGCUGCAGCUUCCCACUGCGGAGCUUGCUGAGCACAAGCACCGAGUCGGACAGGAAGGAUAUGGCGGUCGAGUUUUCUCUGCGGUGAUUGGCACACUGCGCGAAAACCAGGUUCACCGUCCGUUUCGAGUCCUCCGCCACGAGGAACAUCGCGUACAAACACCGCUCCACCAUCUGUGCUACGUCCACCAUCAUGGCCUCGACAGAGUCCAGGUACGACAGCCUUUCGAUCGCCUCGAUACAGCCCUCGUUGUACGUCUUGAGCCCCAGCCACUCGCGGAUCGCCUCGAUGUCGGGCUGGAGCUGGUCGACGUACUCAGCCAGCAUGUCGCACUCAGCAGCAGGCAGCUGGGCCGCGCCCCGCGGCGACUUGCCCGUCCGCAUUCGCAGUUGCGCGCCCCGCGACCGGUACUCGAGCAGCACUUUGAACAAGUACUUGCGCCAGUUAUCGACGGUGAACGUGGGCGGAACCAGCGACGCAGGCCGCUGCGCAGCGCUGCGCAGCGUCGACCGGCUUCGCGAAGACACAGAGAUCAGCGGGUUGUCGUCUGUGAGCGACGAGCCAGAAAGCACGGCUGCCUUGUGCCGCGCCACAAAUUCCUGCUCCAUUGCUUCAAUCGCGUCCAGGUCUGCGGCGCGGCUGUCGCCCUUGAGCCGCGAAAACCGCUCCUUGUUGGCCUUGAUGAACGACUCGCCCUUGCGGAUCAUGUACUUGUACUCAUUGAGCAGCACGUCGUUGUCGGCCGUGAGCGAGCGCAUCGUGCGCAAAAAGCCGAGAUGCUUGCUCAGCCCGUCGUUGCUCUCCGACAGUAACGCGAGACUGCGGAACCAGUGGUUGAACUUGAACACCUGGAAGACCGGGUAGUAGGUGGCCAUGAGCGCGUCUUUAAACGCGUACUUCUCGAACUCGGACCCGUUCAGCUGCACCAGCCGCUGGAACAGCUUCCAUACAUGGAACGUGGCGGUGUGCAGCUCCGCCACAAGAAACCCGUAGUAGCUCUCGUCCAGGUGGUGCUGCUUCAGGUUCGGGAAGUCCUUGGCCAGACGGUCGAAAAACGGCUGUGUGGCGUUCAGCCGAACCGCGUACAUCGGCACGCGGUUGUAGCGCUCGUGCUUGUCCUUUUCGACCAGAAUAGCAAAGCCAAACAGGAAACACCGUGCCAAAAGAAAGGCAUCCACUAGUCCGUUCGAAACGUCGAUUUCCGCAAACAGCGACGACGUCAGUCGGGUGAUCUCGCGGCUGUUGAUGAACCUGUACGUGUUGCCGAUGUCUAUCUUGCCGACGGCGUCCUCGAAAUUGACAAAGAUCGGCACCCGUCGUAGAUUUUCCCAGACCGAGAGCCCAGCCACAAUCUUGAACAAGCCUGCAAAGCUGUACGCGCACGCGCCCUGCUCGUGCGAUACGCACAUCUCCAAGCUCCGGGCGUCGUCGCUGCUGCCCGACGAGCAGAUGUGGCGCACCGUGCUCGAUGCUAUGAGCCGUUUGCGGUUCACGUACUCCUGUCUGUUUUUGACGGCUUUGCUCAGCUUUUCCAGAAGCAGCUCUUUUUUUCUCAGUUUCUGCUGCUGUAGACUGCUCAGCUUCUUGCACACGGAUUCUGUGUGCGCGGCACUGCGUGAGGUGCGCUGGUCCAGCAGCAGGAGUCUGCGGCUGGCGUGAGUCUCGAGGUCGUCGUCUAUGGAGUUCGCUCGCUUGCGCGGACUGAACUUGCCCAGCGGCGUCAGACGGCGCAUCACUCGUGG